AUGGGUACCGGGACUCCAUUUCAGAAAGAAGCCUGGACGGAGUAUGGAAUCGGCACGGUAAUCAUCCUCUUGCGCAUCCUGGCCCGCGCGAAGGUGGUCGGUGUCAAGAACUGGCAGGGAGAUGACUACUUUACAAUAAUUGCGCUGUUAUUCUGGACGGCAGAACUGACCAUGCUGGAAAUGAUUGGCCAAUUCGGCACCAAUAUCGGAUUCACCGAUGCACAACGUGCCGCAUUCUCGGAAGAGGAGAUCAAAGUGCUUGCCCGAGGCUCCAAGUGUCUUCUUGCGGGAUGGACAUGCUAUGUCACGCUCAUCUGGUCUCUCAAAGCAUGCAUGCUGUUCUUCUACAACCGGUUAACUCUAGGACUCUGGCAACAGAAACUUGUCAAGGCCAAUGCUUUUAUCUGCAUGGGCACGUAUACUGCAGUGAUCCUGACCAUCUUUCUGCACUGUCGUCCCCUUCACAAGAACUGGCAGGUGUAUCCUGAUCCCGGACGUAAGGACCUCUUCAUCAUCUACCAUCACUGGCAAUGGCUAAUCCUCCCAGUGAAUUGCUCCGCCGACUAUGUCAAUUAUAUCGUCAUUGCAGUCACCAACGUCACUACCGACGCUAUCCUCUUAACGAUUCCGCUCCCCAUCCUUGCCAAAGUUCGGAUUCCCUUGCGUCGAAAACUGGUCAUUGGAAUCCUUCUCUGUGGAGGUGUGUUCGUCAUGGUCGCGACCCUGCUGCGAUGUAUUCUGUCGCUGCAGAGCAUUGACAGUAUCAACACCAGUACUAUUUGGGCCAUCCGAGAGACGUUCGUCGCUAUUCUUUCCGUCAACGCUCCCUGUAUCAAGCCCCUCUUCAGUAGCACUGUGUGGCUGGGUUCAUCACGGGAGACCUCUAAUAAGGGUGGCCGCCUGGGCAGCUACAGCCUAUCGGUCUUUGGAAAGUCCAAGCCGAGUCAAUUGGCGAGUGAAACGACGAACAUUCGACACCGGGACAGCGAUGAAUAUGCGCUCCACGACAGUGCAUAUGCUCAUGACGUCCGCGGAGGGGAGAGUGCUUCCGAAGAAGAGCUCGGACGACGGAAAGAUGCGAUUCAGGUCACCACGAUGUAUGAGGCAAGAAUCCCCAGAUUGCGCAGAAAAUCCCGGCCCCUCUCGGAUGAUCCCUCGCGACGGGAUCCAUUGAUCUCCCUCCCUUCUCCAUCAUUCCCACCAUUCACCAUGCGGGUGACCCAGCAUGUUCGACAGCCCCCUGCGCUAGAAGAACUGGCAGCCAUCAUUCAACAGUCGCUACAGUCAAAUUUCGAGACUGCCUCGGCCAGUGUUGUGCAAUGUCCGGAUCUGCGACAGCCGCCGUUCAAACUCGCAGCGCCCGGAUUAUGCGGGGAGGCAUGCAUUGGCGACGUCGGGGCCAGAGGAAAUCUGUUUCCCCGUCCCAAUCUUAACGCGAAGUACUCCCUCCUCUCUCUGGCAGAGGAUAUGAAAAUGUCGACCGAGAAAGGAUUCCUGAUUGGCGCUGGAGCUGCUCCCUUCCAGGACAUCGGCCAGAACGCCGAACUGGCUGUGAAUCUCUCCUGGCAGGGACGCAGUGACGGGGCUGAAUUUAAUGAACCAUCGUCACUGGUCGUGGAAAAUAAAACCCACGUUGUCAGAAUAAGUCAAGACAGUACCAGUACGUGCAAAACUACAACAAGUACAAACUGUGCUUUGAUGAUGAAUCUGUUUGGCUGCCACGGUGAGGCUGGGCCCGUGUUGAAAGUGACUGCGCGGUCUCGCAGAGGGAAGGAUAACUUCACCAAUUGCAUCCGUCAUGGCCUAUAUGCAGCAUAUGGGGAUACCAGACCCGUCAGUCUCGGAGGGGUGUUUCUGCUAAAAUCGGGCAAGGCCAAAUUUCACAUAAUGCCGGAUUUCCCUCCGGAGGAUCAAUUGCCGUUCCCAGACCGCGAGUAUAUGGAGCAGAGAUGGAUCACUUAUCACGUCUUCAAGGCUCCAAUUGUCUGCUUGACAGUCCUGCACAGCGCCGACCCGGAGGGCUUGGGAUUACGGAUGGAACACACGCACUGUUUCGAGAUUGAAGGGCAUCGGCAAGGAGGACACUACCACCAUGAUAUCAAUGACGGAGGUGACGAAGUAGAAUACGAGGCAUACUUGAAUGCUGCUUCCCUCUUAUAUCGAAUUCAAUAG